CGGCUCCUGAACGGCCGCGGGGACGCGCGGCGGCGCGGCGCUCCUCGGGUCACGUCUCGGGGCACCGCGAGCGCUACAAAACCUGCGAGGGGAUGGCAUCGCGUGGAGCAGCCUCGGGGAAAGGCGGCCAGCACGUGCCCGGUACCGGGCCGCCCUGCAGGGCUCUCACCCGGCCCAGCCGCGGCGGGGUAGGAUCUCCGGCCGGACCCCAGGCUUUGGUGCUGGAGCCUGUCCAGCUGAGAAUCGAGCUUUGCUAACAGCAAGGUGUUAUUAAAGUGGGCUUAGUGCCUAAUGGGAUUGCCGUGGAGUGGCUGAAGCCGGGAUUAGUGCUGUGGCUCCGCGGCUGUCCCUGCUCCGACGCCCGGCCGUUUCCACCAGAACACAGCCCUUCCCCAGCGGCUCCACAGGCACUGAAGCUGCACCAAAAGCUGCUGCUGGGCACCCUGCUGCUGCCCGCUGGGAUCGCGUUGUAUGUGUGUCUGCAGCUCUGCAGGGUCCCAUGUUCUGAGUCACUGGCUCACACUGCUCAGUGCUCGGUGCUCCCAUCCCUGCCGUGCUUUGAGCCCCAAACCCUGCUCUGUGGCACCGAGCCCCACUCCAGCGCAGUGCCCAGCGGCGCAAUGUCCCAUGCGGUGACACCCGGCUGGGGGCAAGCCAGGUCCUGGCUGCAGCGUGGGGGCUGGAGGCUGAAUCGGCAGCUUGUUCCCCUCUGAAGGCUCCUUUCUCUCCUUGCUGCCCUCUGUUUCUCUUAGGAGAGUUUUAUGUCCCUUGUGUCACAAGGAGCCUUUUCUUUGUCAUCCUUCCUGAGCGUGCCGGGCAGGAGGUUGCCUUGGAGCAGGGCCAGCCCCGAGGGCAGCGCGGGGGCAGAUCCUGCGUGGAGGGGCUGUGGGGGAUCCCUGCCCUGACCCGUCUGAGCCGGGCUGCAAAUGUCAGCACAGGAGGAUUCCCCUCAUCCGGCUGGGAGGACUCGGGGGAUUUACGGCGAUGCUGUGCGAUCUCACCACUGCCACCGCUUCCCAUCAGUUGGAGCAAACCAGAGGGUGCCAUCGCCUGUGAUAGCAUGGGGCAUCCUGGGGACACCUGGGGCUGUGGGUUCGCUCAGGGUGGGGAAACUGAGGCACAGAGUGGCAGUGAGGCACUGGCAGAGGUGGAAGGGUUCUGUGCUUUUUGCACAUCUCUGUGUGCCUGUGCUCAGAGUCCUGCUGCAGGGCUGAGCCGCAGUGCCCCCCCGCCCCCUGCCAUGGGGACUCGGCUCGGGGCUCAGCCUCCAGGACCGGGUGUUCCUUUCUGCUUGCCGAAACCACAGGUGCGAGGUGAGUUUUGACUCUAUUCCAAGCGAGUAGCUGGAGCCCCGAGCACAACAGAUGCCUCUUUGAAAGAGAUGUGCCUCCGGGGCUGUGCUGGUUUGCAUUUGUCCUGGGAUGAAGGACACGGCUCAGCCAAGGCUGCUUCAUUUCGCUUUGAUGCAGACACCCACCCCUCUGGACCGCCUCACCCAAACCAGCAGCAGGAAGCCCACCCCACGUUUCGGGUGCUCCAUCAGAGCCCGCAGUGCUGGCACCUCAUUUUCAUUAGGAGAAAGUCACUUCCCUUUGGAGCUGAUUGCAAAGGACCCGCUGCCGUGGGGAAUGCCUCCAUGUGGGUCCGGCUGUAACUGCGUGGUGACACAGCGCGGUGACGCGGCGCGGAGGGGACCCUGCGCACCCCAGGCAGCGCUGCCUGCGGGUAGGAAUUAAGUUGGUGGCAAGUUAAUGGCUCGCUCAGAAUAGGAAAGUGCAGCAUCUCCUAGGGAUGACUUUAAUUUGUGCUUGCUAAUAAAAUAAUGGGUGAUUAGCGGUAGGCUGCUUACAGCGGAAGGCUCCUCCUGAGUGCGGCUUGGUGCUUGGUGCUUGCAUGGCAUCCCCGGAGCCGAGAGCAUCCCUGUCCCCAUCCGAGGGUGCCACAGUGUGACAUCCUGGAGCAGGGGGACCUGCUGAGCAAAGGGAUGGCUGCCCCGGGGCAUGUGCUGUGUCCACGUGAGGGAAAUCCAACCCGACCGAAUGGGUCGAAAAAAUCCAUAGGGAUGCGUGGCAGCCCCAGCACUGAGUGCCCCGAGAGCCGCGGGGCUGCGUGGGGGCACAGCGCGGUGCUGAGCCACACAGGGUGUCCGUGAUGUUAGGGCUGAAGCUGCCUCAUGCUACCAAGGACGGAGCACGGAGAGCAGCAGGUUUGGCCACGGGGAGGGGAGGUCAGCCCCACCUGGGUUUGCAAAAGGCUCCUUUGGGUGCAAGGUGCUGCGUGCUGAGCCCUGGGGAGCGGUGCAGGGCCCCCAGCUGCAGUGAUACCGUCAGUGGGGCUGGGGUUGCACCCCACGGCCAGACCCAGACGCGUUCUGCCCCGAUGCCCAAAUGCUCACUGUCGUCCUUAUACCCUGGGGACGCCCUAUCCCGGCCCCAGCAGGCAGCUGGGCUGCGGCUGGGCCACGAACAGAGCGGGCUGUGUGUGCCCCGGAGCCAAACAUCAGCACAAAGCUGCUCUUGUUCUCACUGCUCCGGCCCCAGACAAAGCCUUCGCGGGGCAGAGCAGCACCUGGGUGCCCUCCCCAGCAUGUGCCCAUCUGCCCAGCAGUGCUCUUGAUGCCUCUGUCCCUGCAGAUUUGUUCAUUUAUUUGAGCUUGGGCAUUUUUUUUUUACCUGGAGAGCUGCAGCCUGGAUGGUCUUAGAGGACUGAGAGGGGGUGUCGGCUGGUUUUGGGGCCCAGGGGAUGGUGUUGGGUGGCCAAGAGGGGUCCCCGCUACCUGUGGGUCUCUGCCUGUGUGGGGACUGGGGGACACAGGGACAGAGCUGCCCUUGCUGUGGCUGCAAAUGGGGUCCCUGGAGGAGGAAUGUCACCAUGCCCCAGCUCAGCCCCUUCUCUCUCCUCUCCUUCUGCAGGGCCUUCCUGGAGCUGCCUCACCAGGAUGAACGGGACGGCCAACUUGGCCCCGACCACCCGCGGCCACUUCACCUCUGCCAUCCCGGUGCCACGAUCCACAACCCCCAACAAACCGCCCGCUGCGACCCCCCCAGCCCGACACAGCACCCCGGGCCCCCCUCCCUCCCACCGGGCCUCAUCCCCACGGCCGGCAGCACCCCCCAGCCUCAAAAGCCUCAAACCCAGGCCCAGAGCUUCAGGCCGCGAGGCAACCGAGAGCCCAGGUGUACCCCCCCAUGGGGGGCAGAGAGCGCCAGUGCCCCCUGGGAAGGGGCUGGGGGGCGGCCGGGUUGAAUGCAGCCUGAGGGGGCCUGGGGCCCACCGUCCCCUCGGGAUGGCGAUGGAGGACGGGACCAACUCUGUCCCUACGAGCAGGAGCCCCGUGUUCGGGUCAGGGGCCAUCAGCUUCUCCUCAGCCUCCUCGCAGAGCCGCCCUGUGACAGCCACGGUCGCCCCAUUCCAGUACCGGCUGCAGGAGGACGGAGAGCAGAUGGCCCCGUCCCUGUGUGACACCGCUCCUGCUGAGGUGCCCGACCCCAAACCCGGAGCCAUGAGUAAGUCCGUGGGAUUUUGCUGCGUGUGCACGGGAUGUGCGGGGGGGUUCCGUGCACCCCUUGCUUGGGGCUGCCCGCGUCCUGUGCAUGUGGGUUGUGUGGGAGCGCUGCCCCAAAGCUCAUCCUGCCCCAUCCCGGGGCUGUGCUUGGGUUCCCCCUGCAAAAAUAGGGCUCAGUGCUGCGGGGGGCGAUGCUUGUGCGGGCGCUUGGCUUUGCUUGCUGCAGGCUCAGUGCUGCUGGGAGCUGUGGGUCAUGCGUGUACCCUGGGGCCGACUGCCGCUGAAUGGUGACAGUGGGGCGCGGGGAGCCACCAGGCAGCCCUUGGAUGAGCUGUGGUCCUCUGGGUGCCCCUCGGCCCCUGCAGUGGGCUCUGACCAGAGCCCAGGCACUGUGGGGAGGGGGCACUGGGGGCCGCGGGGGCUGCUGGCCACGUCGGUGGUGCCUCGUGCGGGGCCUCCAGGAGCAGCUGGCGGCAGCUGGGAGCGGGGCUGGACGCGAUGCACGUGCAGCUGUGGGGCCGAGGCUGUGCAGAGCAUGGGAGCAUCCAUACCCAGCACGUAGCGAGCAGGAGAGGGAUGGGAGAAGGGAGCAGAGCCUGGGGAGUGAGGAAGGGCCUGGUUUGGGGCGAGGAUGGUGCUGGCUGCUCACGCAGGGUGAUCCUGUGGGGUCAGAAGGCGCAGUGAGGGGACGAGGAGGGGAUGGGGGACCCUUCCUCAGCCACACCAGCACGCGUGGGGCUGCCGCGGGGCGGGCGCUCCCGGUGCCCGGCAGCUCAGGAUCAUCCCCCACCCCCCCACCACCACGAGGCCCGGCCGCCGCUUGGCUCCCUCUGCUCCUCUUUCUAGUUUUCCAGCAGCUCCAGGAAUGACCCAUUUCCGAGGAGGCGGCCGGCAGCCAACUCGCAGCCGGGCCCUGGCACCGGCAGCUCCCCGCGC